AUGACAGCCGAACAACUGAUACGGGAAAGAAAGUUUGGUCGGAAACUGACUCUGCCUGAGGGUUUUCCGUACUAUUUCAUCAAAUAUUGCUGUGUACAUCACAGGUGCUGCGCAACUGCAACCAGGCUGCAAAAUAUCGAUCGUCCGGCAUUCGUUGGAAUUCGCGCGGUCGGGAGGGAGUGCCGAGUGAUGGAACGUUGUCUGGUGCACAACCAUGACUUCCGUGUGGGUCAGCUGGGUCUGUAUAUAAGUAAUCGUCGUCUAUCUGAAGAACUAGAAGAGGAGGUGUGUGGAUUUGUCCGCACGAAGCCAACCCCUGCCCUCCCACAACCAUCAAAGUUUUCCAUUGGCGAUAACUUCCGAAGAUGGGCUGGUGACGCUCAGGAUUAUGUGACCCUAUUUCCACCGAACGAGAGGCGCAUCGUGUUGCUGUCCCUACUCGACGGCCAGGCAAAAGACAUGGUCCGGGUCGAAGGCAUACUUGACGGCGGGAUCACGGCCGACACGUUCAUCCAACUACGUCGGUGUUUGUGCAACGAGGAACUUCCCAUUGAACACCUCCAACGAUUUCAAGCAAGACGACAGUUACCCGGAGAACAGUGGCCGUCGUUCAUCCUCGAACUUCGUCAUUUGGCAGAAGACGCAUUCCCCGAAUUACCGGUGGCUGAUCGCGAGGAUAAGGUCAUUGAUCAAUUGUGCAUCGGUACGACAGACAGUUUCUUGCAACGGAAAUUCCUAAAACAACGCCCUACCUCUGUCGCAGAAGCCAUGGAAACCGCCCGGAGGGAGUCUCAGAUCGAGGCAAUGGUUCGACGGAACGAGCAAGAGGUUCUCGGCACGAUUGCACCGAUACAAGCACCGAAUGCUGGACCACGGCGACCGCCAUAUUUCCCGAAUCGGAUGUCCUACACCCCUCAGCACAGAAGACCGCCACGCUUUGAGCAGAAUACAUCCGUCGCUGACUGCGGCUACUGUCGUCGGUUCGGCACGAAAGCCCAAGCUUGUGGGCAUAACAAACCAAGUGAGUCAUCCGCCAUUCGUUCUAUACCAAUCUGUUUUAUGAAAAUCAUCUUGUCACUCCUGUUACUCCACUGGUUGUGA